AUGGCUGAAUCCCGGUACUUCCAUUCCCAACGGUCGCGGUAUCGCCAUACUGCAUUGGUUGGUCUGACAGAGACGGAGCUGGAUCAGAGCUUAGGUUGUCCAGGGGGCUUACGCUAUUUGAGAAAGGUACCUGCGAGACCCACCAGUGAUGGCCCAGAUUGGAAGUAUCUUUCCGACAAGGCCUGGAAAGGAAGGAAGGAACAUGAAGCUCAAGUGGGUCCCACGGGACUUCACCAACGUCAGCCUACUGGUCCGGACCGCGUGACCAGGGUAUACCGUGCAGACUGUGCGCUUCUUAGGAAUCAACUUGUCACGGAAGAGAGAAGACAGAUACUUCACACACAUCACAGAGUUACAUUCCCAACAGCCUCCUCCCCCGGCGAGUCAUCGCUGGCAUCCUCUCGUACCAGGCUUUUCCCAGCACGUCAAGGCACUUUUGGUCAAUCAUCGAUGAUGUGCGCGGCACCCACCCCUCGGCCCUCUCUCUGCCCGCUGCACGAUGGCUCUGACAGGAGACACCUCGUUCCCGAACCGGCCCAGUACUUUGCUACGUUUCCGAAAACAAAGGGGGCCGAAGAAAUUCAAAUCAUCAAGUGGCACCUGCUCAAGCCUCGAGGGACUCAGUACCCUGACACGUCUUGGUCUACGGAUACCUACACAGGAGAAGCAUUCCUGGAGAACCCCAGCAGAAGCAUUCGAAACAUGGGGGCGGCGACAGUGCUCGACUACAUACAUGUCGCUGCAGAACUUCUCAAAGCGCCAACACGGGCGCGGCUAUCCGCUAAGCCCAUCCCCAAUAGGCAAACCGACUUCAUGGAACACCUUGAAUCCGUCAAAGGAACGCCCUGA